UGCCCUAACACAUGCCCCCCCCCCCGCAGCCAGCCCCACCCAUGCGGUCGCCUUACCGGUUUCUCCUCCUCUUCCUCGCAAUCCUACCAUGCCUCCGUUCUGUCGACGCCCAAUCCUUUGACUACCCCACCGCCGGCCCUUCCACCUUCUGGACCAACAACCUCUCCCUCAAGCACAACGUCACCUACCCGGACGGCUCCAUGGUCCGGGCCAUCCUCCUCCGCAGCAACCCUGCCUUUUUCGGCCCCUCCUUCUCCGUCGGCUUCUUCUGCAACGCCGCCUGCGACGCCUUCCUUUUGGCCGUAUUCAUCGUCUACACCAACAGUGGCGCCCUGAUCACCAACCCCAUGAUAGGAUCCCCGCAGGUCGUGUGGUCCGCCAACAGGGACCGUCCCGUCCGCGAGAACGCCACCCUCCACUUCACUGAAGCCGGCAAUUUGGUCCUCCGAGACGCCGACAGUACUAUUGUCUGGUCCACCAACACAUCAGGCCGAUCCGUCUUGGGUAUGAACAUCACGGCAUCCGGAAAUCUGCUGCUCUUUGAUCGGAAGAAUGCAUCAAUUUGGCAGUCAUUCGAUCACCCCACUGACUCGCUGGUUCCUGGUCAAACGCUGAGGGAGGGGCAAAGGCUGAUAGCCAACAUCUCCACCACGAAUUGGACUCGAGGUCAGUUUUAUCUCACAGUUCUUGCUGAUGGAUUGAGAGCUUUUGUUGAUUCUAGUCCUCCCCAGGUUUACUAUAUUCAUGGGUUCAGUGGACCUGAAGCAAAGAACAAGUCUGCCUACGUGACAUUCACUAAUGGCAGCCUCGAAUUCUUUGCUUCAUUUACCAAACCGGGUGUGCCGGAUGAAAAUAUCACUUUGCCUUCAGCAUCAUCAGUUCAGUAUAUGAGGCUGGAGUCAGACGGGCAUUUGAAACUUUAUGAAUGGGGUACAACAGGGUGGAACGUUGUGGAUGAUGUUAUGAAACUUUACCCUGAUAAUUGUGCCUAUCCCACAGUAUGCGGAGAGUAUGGAAUUUGUUCUAAUAAUGGGCAGUGCAGCUGCCCUAGUGGAAUAAGCAAUGGUUCGAAUUAUUUCAGACAGAUUAAUGAUAGGCAGCCUAGCCUUGGUUGCUCCCCUGUGACUCCUCUAUCCUGCCAAUCAUUGCAAGAUCACCAGCUCUUGGCUCUCAAGGAUGUCACUUAUUUCUCUUCAUGGUUGGCUGUUGAAUAUGGUACUUAUUUUCCUUCUGUUGCUAGCUUUAAUCUAAAAAAUGAAGAGAGUUGCCAGCAGGCAUGCUUAAAAAAUUGCUCUUGCAAAGCUGCUAUUUUCCAGUAUGGCCAAAAUACUUCUGAUGGUUCUUGUUUCUUGCCAUCGCAGUUGUUCUCACUGAUGAACAAUCAGCCUACGGUAACUCACCAAAAUUCAACUCUAUAUGUUAAGGUCCAGAUUGCGCCUAAAACAACCAAUGGGACAUCGAUUUCUCCAACCUCUAAAAAGAAGGUAAUGGGUGUUGGAGCAAUAUUAGGUUUCACUAUUGGAGCUUUAUUUGCUGUGUUCCUUAUAGUCGGCCUUUUUGUUUUAUUUAUGAGACUAAAAAAUUCACAUAUGGAAGAAGAGGAUCAAUUUGAUCAGGUACCGGGAAUGCCAACUAGGUUUUCUUUUGAAGAACUGAAAGUAGCUACCGAGAACUUCUGUAAAAAGCUAGGAGAAGGAGGCUUUGGGUCUGUUUUUGAGGGAAAGUUGGAUGACAUGAGAGUAGCAGUAAAACGUUUGGAUGGCGUUGGUCAGGGAAGGAAGGAAUUUUUAGCAGAGGUCGAGACGAUUGGCAGCAUUCACCAUAUUUAUCUGGUUCGGUUGAUAGGAUUUUGUGCUGAGAAAUCAUAUAGACUUUUAGUAUAUGAGUACAUGUGCAAUGGAUCAUUGGAUAAGUGGAUCUUCUACAGAAAUCAAGAUAUUGCUCUCGAUUGGCAAACAAGAUGUCGGAUUAUCACUCAUAUAGCCAAGGGACUAUCUUACCUUCAUGAAGAAUGCAGGCAAAGAAUUGCACAUUUAGAUAUUAAGCCGCAGAACAUCCUUUUAGAUGACAAUUUCAAUGCUAAGGUUUCUGAUUUUGGGCUAGCUAAGAUGAUUGAUAGGGAUCAGAGCCAUGUGAUGACUAGAAUGAGGGGAACACCUGGGUAUUUAGCACCUGAAUGGCUAACAUCAAGAAUUACUGAAAAGGUGGACAUCUAUAGCUUUGGUGUUGUUGUCAUGGAAAUUGUGUGCGGGAGAAAGAACUUGGACUAUUCCCAGCCUGAAGAGAGUAUCCAUUUAAUUAGUUUAUUGCAAGAAAAGGUUAAAGAAGAUAGAUUAUUGGAUCUCAUUGACAAUCAUAGCAAUGAUAUGCACUGGUAUCGAGAGGAAGUUAUUAAAAUAAUGCAACUUGCGAUGUGGUGUUUGCAAAUUGAUAGUAAUAAAAGACCUUCCAUGUCAACCGUAGUUAAAGUUUUAGAAGGAGCAAUAAAUGUAGAAACUUGCUUGGACUAUAACUUCGUCGCUACAACUCCGGUGAUGUCAAGCAACACGAAUCAUUUGGAUGCUUCACCUCCACAAUCAGCAUCACUUUUAUCAGGACCCAGGUGAAACGUUCUCAAAGGUGUUUCCAUUUUCAUGUAAGCAACAAUUUGUGUUUUCUGCUUUUGUAUCAUUUCAAAGAAAAUAUGCUGUAUAAUUUCUCGAUGAAAUCCUAUAAAUGAUUUGACUCAA